AUGGCUCCUUCAAGGUUCGACCAUGGUACCAUCGGUACCAAUUACAGCAGCAUCCACUCCGCCGAUGCUUUCGUAGGCGACUAUCAGGUCAUGUACACUCCAGGCUCAACAACCCCUCCCCUCGAUCGCAUGCAAAAGAGACCGACUCGCUUUAGCAAAGUUGUGUCCUCAAAAUCUCAAAAUGCCAGCCAAUCUUUCGUGCUUCCGGCCAACAUACCAAACACCUCCCAGAUAGUUGGAGACCACGGUUCGCUUCCCAACGUCCAGGUCCACUACACCAUUCCUGCCGACGAGAAGCAAAUCGUCGCGUCCUUACGCACUCUACAGCGCGAUCUCAAUGAAGCCGUGCAAACCAUCAACUCUCUUACUAGGGAACGCGAUGAGGCAUUGCUCGAGCUUAGGUUGCUCCGAGCCUCCUCGAAGAAACAAUCAACACCGGCAAAGAAGAACAGAGCAUCGGUACGCGUGGAGGAAGAGCUCUUCGACCUUAGCCGUUCGAUGGAUCCACCUAAAAGAUCUCCCGCGAGACGGACAUCGACCAAGGAUAUCGCUGCGGAAACAAAACAGGCCAGCAAGACCACCAACUCUGACGACGCGCGAGUUCUGUCCCCAAUCGCCAUCAACCAAGCAACCUCGCCGACUCUUGAGAAACGACCGGUCAGUAAGGCCCAUGUGCUUGCCAACAGCAAGUCUCGUUCCUACAAACGACCUGCCGUCAAUGAUACCGAGAACAGCGUGAUCGAUGAUCCUACAGCCGCCUCCAACACCUCCCGCCGCCGUCGCUACUUGGCCCUAGACCAGAACAUGACCUCUGCCUACAUUCUACCUGAUAUCACUGUCAAUCCGCAACAGAAAUCAACGCGGGUCCAUGUGUCAUCGUCUGCUCAGAACGUGCUUCAUAGGCAUGACCCUGAACAUGUGGGAAACUGUGCAGUGUGCCAGAGACUCACGGCGAAGAGAACAAAGCAUGUGACGCACGAAGAUUCCACGGCCGAAAAACCAGACUUUACUGCACAGAUAACCCAGCUGAUGAAAGAUGCCAUGCUGGAGGAGCCAACCAUACGUCCCAAGAUUUCCCCUUGGUUGGCACUUGCUAAUGUCAAGAAGCUGCUUUCCGAUCAAUUCGAUGAGGCCAAGCGAAAACAUAGUCAGGCGUGGGAGAAGUACGAUGCAAUUGAAGCACCACUCAGCAGCAAGAAACAUGCCGCAGCUAGUCAGGAUCUCUUCUAUUGGUCAAAGAAAAUGGAGGAAUGCAGAAUCAACCUUGAUCAGCUGAGAGACGUCGAGGAGGGUAUGGGAGAUCAACAUGAGCCGUGA